AUGGCUUCCGAGGGUGCUUCAUGGGGAGGAGAGGAUACUAGCACGCCGGGUUUUCAAGUUCAGCAUAGCGAGGAACAAGUUGAUAACUACGCUCAAGACUCUCUUGCUUCUGGUGACGCUGAUACAGCAGAUAAUGGUACAGAAGAUGAUGGGGGAGAAUAUGAUCCAGAGUCAGUCACUAUCGGUACACCUGCGCCGGUUACUGAACAAUCCGCGGCCACUGCUCAACGGCAACCCUCCAAGCCCAAGAUGUCGGGGGGCUUUAUUGUGGAAGCAUCCGAUGACGAGGAUGAGGGUGAAGACGAAGCUGACCAGCCUUCCAAUACUGCUCCUCAAUCGGAAGAAGUGCCCUCGCUCCCUCAUCCUGGCCGUUCCACUGCAUCUGAUAAACCUGCCCAGCCAGCUCUAACCCAUACACCUGUUCCUCCUGCUGUCCCUUCCAAUGUGACUCCAGCUUUGGCUGGUCUCGACCCUGUUGCUCUCCUCGAGGCUCGUGUUAAAGAGGACCCUCGUGGGGAUAUGGAUGCUUGGCUUAACUUGAUCGCCGACCAUAGACGCUCAAGCCGACUUGAUCAGGCCCGAAGUACCUAUAAUCGUUUUCUCGAAAUAUUUCCACAAGCUGCUGAUGUCUGGGUCGAAUGGAUCGAGAUGGAGCUCGGUCUCGACAACUUUGUCGAUGCCGAACAGCUUUUUGGAAGAUGUCUGAUGACUGUACCCAACGUCAAGCUGUGGACAGUCUAUCUCAACUAUAUUCGCCGUCGUAACGAUCUCAACAAUGAUCCUUCGGGUCAAGCUCGCCGAACUAUUACCCAGUCCUAUGAGUUUGUCAUCGACAACAUUGGUGUGGAUAGAGAUUCUGGCAAUAUCUGGCAAGAUUAUGUCCAGUUCGUCAAAAACGGUCCCGGCCAGAUUGGGGGUACAGGUUGGCAGGACCAGCAAAAGAUGGAUCAAUUGCGCAAGGUGUAUCAACGCGCUAUUUCCGUGCCCAUGUUGACCGUCAACAAUCUCUGGAAGGAGUAUGACCAGUUCGAGAUGGGACUGAAUAAGAUGACUGGACGCAAGUUCAUCCAAGAGCGCUCGCCAGGCUAUAUGUCGGCCAAGAGUGCCAAUAUUGCUUUGGACAACAUCACUCGGCACCUCAGACGCACUAAUCUUCCUCGGUUACCGCCAGCUCCAGGUUUUGAUGGGGACCAGGAGUUCAGAGACCAGGUCGAACUGUGGAAGAAGUGGAUCGUUUGGGAGAAAGAAGAUCCCCUUGUCUUGAAAACUGAUGAGCCCAAAACAUACAACCAACGGGUACUCUACGUCUACAAGCAAGCGUUGAUGGCACUCCGUUUCUGGCCUGAGAUCUGGGUUGAUGCGGCAGAGUGGUGUUACCAAAACGACAUCCGGGAAAACGACAAAGAGUUGGGCACAGAAUUGCUACUUGAAGGCAUUCGAGCAAACCGCGAAAGUGUUUUGCUUGCCUUGAAACACGCAGACCACAUUGAAGUCAACUAUCCUGGCAAAGAGGUCGACAAGGCCGAGUUUGCCCAGGCUGUCCGAAAGCCAUACGAUGAUGUUCUCGAAACAUUGUACGAAAUGGGCGACAAAGUCAAAGAGCGGGAGAAGUUGGAGGUGUCCACAUUGAGACAAGCCGCUGCACAAGAUCUGGUUCAAGCUUCCAUCGAACGCAAUGAUGAUGACGACGAGGAAGACAGCAAGCCUAAGCGUUCGCCUAUGGAAGAACGCAUUCUUGCCAUCCAGAGGGGAUACGCUGCUGAAACACAACUUCUGUCCCGUACGAUUUCUUAUGUCUGGAUUGCUCUCGCGAGGGCCAUGCGCCGCAUUCAAGGCAAAGGCAACCAGUCAGAAGGUGGUUUGCGCAAAGUCUUCACUGAUGCACGCCAGAAGGGACGACUUACAAGCGAUGUCUACGUAGCGGUUGCUCUUCUUGAGUCUGUUGUCUACAAGGAUCCUGUAGGCGCCAAGAUCUUCGAAAGAGGCGCUCGUCUGUUCCCCAACGAUGAGAUGUUCAUGAUAGAAUACUUGAAGUAUCUUCAUUCCAAGGAUGACACGACUAAUGCACGAGCCGUAUUCGAGACUUGUGUCACCCGACUGGUUUCCAAACCAGAGACUCUCGCAAAGGCAAAGCCGCUGUAUGCGUAUUUCCACAAGUACGAAUCGCAGUAUGGCGAACUAUCGCAAAUCUCCAAGCUGGAGGACCGAAUGGCAGAACUCUUCCCUGAGGACCCCAAACUGAAGUCCUUUGUUGCCAGGUUUUCAUCCGACAAGUUUGACCCAGUUGCUGCCCCUAUCAUAAUUUCGAAGGCAGUGCAAAUGAGGCCAAAACAAGCCAUGCCUACUAUGGUCGAGCAGCCUAUCUCACUGCGAAAUAGCCCCAUGCCAGCGCGACAAGAACAGAGUCCCCGUCCUCAGUAUAUUCGGGCAACUGCUUCCCCAAAACGGCCUCUUGCUGUAGACGAUGAUGAGCUUAACCCCCCCAAAGACUCGCUAGAGGAGUGUCGCCUCUCAAAGCGCCGGAACCAAGCAUCAGCGUUACACAGAGAUAUCACCUUCCUUCUUAACAUCCUCCCCCCUUCUCAAAGCUUUGACGCACAACGCGUUAACCCCACGGCCAUGGUCUCUAUUCUCCGGGACGUCCAUCUUCCUGACGCCGCCACGUUAAAGGCAACAGGCGGUGGCCAGGCACGCUUUGGUAAUCCCUCCCAUACUAGACAACCUUCAGGCGAGUUCGGCAACAGGCCGCUGAGCCCAUAUGGAAGAGUGGCAUCUGCAGCUGGCGGGUAUAGGAACUCGCCGCUGCGGCCGGAGAGUGGAAAUACCUUCCAAGCCAACCCCUAUCCUCCCCCUGACCCGAGCGGCCAACUACCUAUGUGGCCGCAAGUACCUGGUGGCUACGGCGCACCAGCACCAGGUCAGUUUGGAGGAUAUAGAUUUCAAUGA